AUGUCUCGUCCUUUCAAUCCUUCCACGGCUGUCCUACACAUUCGAAAGGUGAAAAUACUUGGAGUAAUUUUGCUUCUGUUGGUAACGGUUUAUUUGAUAACUUUAUUGCUGACGAAUGAGUGGAACCCAGGUGAAGUAUGGCUUGUACAUGUUAAAAUACAUGUAUUUGUUUAAUAACUAAAUCUGAGAAAAGUCUCCUUCAGCGUAAAGCAACCUCUCCACAUAAGAAAUAGUUCAUAAAAAUAAUAAAAAUGACUCUGAUUAUUGGUAAGUGCUGAUGAUGAGCAGUCUAAAAGUAAAAAGUGAGUAAAGCAUAUUUUUCGUCAGAUUGAAUAUACAGAAAAGAACACUUAGAACCAGGGGCAACCAACGACGGUUUUCUCCUAAACAAGUCCAUUGAGAAUACUUUUUAGACUAUCCAGAGUACUUUUAGAUCUCUACAAAUGCAUUCUAAGCGGCGCUAUAAAAUUCAGUGAAUUUGUUCGGUGAUCUUUUCCAAACUACAAGGUCUUCAGUAUUAUUUUCCCGAAAAUUUUAGAUGAAAUUUGUAGUUUUACGAAAGCGAGCAUUUUCUGAUUCCUCUCCCCAUCGCCAAGCUCUAGAAAAUUCUAGGCAAUUUUUGCUUCUUCGAACAGAUAUUUUACAGAAAACAAUCGUUGGGUGCCUCCUAUAGAGCCAUGUAUUUCAAUCAUCAUGAUAAGGGAAAAACAACAGAAAACUUUGGUCUAUAUUUUCCGUGUGCGUUUUAAGGGAUUUCAGAAACCCUUCCAACGCAAAAAAAAUCCUACUUGCAUUUGAAAAUGAACAAAUAGCUUCAGAAGAGGAUAUCAAUUAAAAGGCUUUCCAUAUUCUUCUCCGUAUUGUAAUGACUCUCCAUCAUUGGGGAACACGGCUAAUCGUUUUCAUAUCUGUCAUGUUCAACACGAGUUCGUGAAAAAUUGGUAAUGUACACAAAAUAAAUUUAGAACAAAAAAGUCUCAAGUUAACACAUUUAUUAGACAACUGAUUGCAUGGACGGAUUUUAUUUUUUUUUUCCGGUAAUCUUUUAUCACACUUGACGUGCAAUUCACCUUAGUCAAGACAACCAAACCUGCCGUAGGAUAUGCUGAAAAACAAGACAAGGUAAGUUGGGGUUUCAAAGGCAACAUGGUGAGUUAUUUACAGAAUUAUAUUAAUAUCAUUACGGUGAGUUAUAAUUAGUCAUUGGUUAGCUACCAAAUCAUGAAAUUUUAAUAUUUGGCAUUCAGAAUAUAUUGACAUUUCGAAAUUUUACGUACAGAAUAUUGAAAUUUUAAGUUUUGACAUUCUAAAAAAAAUUCAAGAUUCUCCAUUACAAAUCUUGAAAUGUCUCAAGAUUUUGAAUACCAAUUAGUGCUUUAAAUACAACAUUGACAUAAAGUGCACUUUUUUACCCACACAGGCUGAACAGGGCAUGAAACAAGCAAACUAAGUCGGAUCAUUUUACGUUUCUGGGAAACGUUCCACCUACCCCUCCCCUAAACCAAUAUUUUGCCUUAAGUGAGAAGUAAGUGUUAAUGUUGGCCUAGGGGAGGGGUAGGUGGGCAGUUUCCCAGAAACGUAAAAUGAUCCACAAAGUCUUCUACCUACAACUCCAGCCGGUCCGUACUACCUUUACCAUGGCUUAAUUCUUUAGUAUAGCUAAGACUUUGUCGACACGAAUCCAUUUAAAAGACAUUAAACGAUCUCGCUAACAAAACGAUUCUUAGAGAGGAUAAAAUCGUGACAGAUAAAUAUUUACCUGCGUAGCAAGCGUUUCCGUUACGGAAUUUUCGGUUUAGGCCGCGCGAAACCGCACAGAAACGCCUUUGCUAUGCAGGCUAGAUAAACAUCAUUCUCAUAUACUAUUAACACCUGUAAUAAUACGACGUGAUUUAACCUACCUUGAGUUCUUUUUCAGCAAUGCCUGCAGUUUUAUCUACUUCGGGCAAGGUCCUGACCACUUCAACAUCUAUGGAGGAAGUAAAUACCUCUUAUUAGCCUUAUUAGCGAAGCGCGUGGGCCAUAAAUCGAUGGAAAAAAACGAGGAUCCGUAAUUUACAGUACGGACCCAAAAAACGAGGCUAAUAAGAUGUUUAUUAUAUGGCUUCUUCCUGUUUAGGGGACCGGAAACAAGUGUAGGACGCACGAUUUGACAGUCAUUUGACAGGUGUCAAAAAAGAAAGUUUUUAUUGGCGCACGAAAACAAUAUCACAUAACAAAGGCUUUCCGAGAAAGUAAAAACAAAUUCACCAUGUUAAAAAAGUUUAUUCGGUCAAAACUAAGAGCACUGUAAGUUUUAGCUCUUUAGUGUAACGCUGGAGUAUUUUGAAAAUCGCACACUGUGUCUGUCUAGAAGUCGUUUCCAUCUUUCCCCCGUUUGUCCUUGUGAAAAAACACUGCAAAAGGCAAAGAAGCUUUUCAAGGUAAGUUUGUUGUCAUUGUCGAAGGAUGUGCAUUAUCUUGGAUGAUUCUGGUCAAUGCUUAAUUAAAAAUUGAUCAAUAAAUGAAUCAAUCAAAAAAUUUAUCAAUCAAUGAAUAUAUUAAAAAUUAAAAAUUAAAAAUAUUAAAAAUUAAAAUUAAAAAAAAAAUUGAAUAUCAACAUGCCAAGAACUGGUUUUAUUUAGUUGGUAGUAAUAUCCUAAUUAAAUAAGCUCCCACAUCUUGAGAGCCAAAGAUUAGACAUAAGGGUUGCCUCUCAGCCAGUGUCACAUUUAUUGGCAAGAAUGUUGUCUCAAUAACUAAUAAUUUCUCAGCAAAAACAAUCAUUACCAAGGUUUGGUAUUUUACCUGAAUCGCACAUAAUAUUUAAAACUGUUAAGAAGCUUUGGUUCCAGGAUAAUUUUCUGGAGGGCCGCAAAAUAAUAGUAAUGUGAAGACAUUUAUUCAAUCUAGAAUCAAGUACAGUUGCAGUCUCACCUUCAAUGUGGCUUCGUUUUGAGGAAGGAACUGGUUUGUGGAUGAUGCCUCUCUCUGUCCUUUUUUACAAACGGUAGAUGCACUAUCCCUGUAAAAGAAAAUAGAUACAUACAUUCAAAACAACUGAUUAACUCAAAAUAAGACCGCCAGCAAACAGAUUGAACAGACAUUUUAUGCAUUUACCUUCUUCUUGUCUCGAGCGAUAGAAGAUGGGCAGCAAACAUGGAAUCGUUGUCGUAUCCGCACUUGAUCCUCGUAGAAACCCAAGAUUAGAAAAGUGUUCCAUCCAACGAAAUCCUUUUACGAGUCUUACGCCAGAACUGAAGCCUCGCUGAGUUGCUAGCGAAGAUUUUCUUGCGGCCGCUUCCUGAUCGGCGACCGCCAUGAGAGGACAUUUGUUACCUCCAAACAGUUGACCUCAAAUAAGCCGUUGAUCAGAGUCAUUGAAACAAAAACACACAGGAACCUUCUAAAAGGGCUGUACAAUAGUAACUAACGUUUAACUAUGCGAACUGUUAACGGAUGGCUGCGAUAAAUAACGAUAAACUCCUGAUAUUGAAUCACCCGCAGAACUUGAAAAAGUUGGCGAACGUUUUCAAGAUGUAACGCUUCAUCGCGCACAUGCGCAGUGUGUGACAUAGCUCCUUUAAUUGCUUUUUGUCUUUCUGCCUGUUCAUUCUCGUCUUCAAUGGUGAUCUGCGUUAAAAUUUUCAAACACUGACUAGAAUUCUCUUCCUCGGUAAGGUUACGAUUCAGUUUCUACAACAGCUUCGUUCUCAUUAAAACAAAGCUAGGUUAAAAUUUGGAACGUAAAGUCAACAUCUCAGUCCUCAGGGUUUACAUACAUAUUUCAAAGUUUAUUCGGUGGAAACUACGAGCACUGUAAGUAUUCACUCGUUAAUGACGCUGGAGUCUUUUGAAAACUGGACAUUAUUGUGUCUGGCUCGAACUCGCUUCUAUCAUUCUUUCGUUGGUCUUUGAAAAAGCACUGCAAAUGGCAAAGACGCUUGUCAAGAUGAUCGGGUGCAGGUAUGUUUCUUAUCAUAUUUGUUGAAGGGAUUACUCAUUUUCUCCAAGGCAAAACGUCUCGAAUCUCUGCCAGUCGAUUUUCGUAUUCUUAACUGUGUACCACGAUAAAAUUUUCAAACACUGACUAGAAUCCUCUUCGAUAAGAUUACGAGUUAGUUUCUUCAUCGCCUUCGUUCACAAAUAAACACAGUUUAAAAUGUUGAAGGCCAAAGUCAACAUCCAAGUCCUCAAGGUUGACAGGCGUCUUAUAACUUUAUUUAAACAUUUUUUCCACGGUAAAGAGAUUUUGACCUCCAAAAUGAGCACUUUUUUUAAACGUUUUGGUCCGUAUAGCAAGUUACGGACCGCAAAUUGACCAAUAGCAUGGCGAAAACAGACUCAACCAUAUAAUGAAGUCAGUUACAGGGACAACAAAGAUGAAAAAUAAAGAUUAUUAUCGAGUUAAAAUAAAGCCUCAUUUUAAUUGCAUUUUUUCACCAAUAGUGCGGACAAUGAAAUCGGCCAGCGGACGUCAAAUUUCCACAAAUCCUUGGCCUGCCGCACCCUUGGUGUUUCCUUGACAAGAGUCCUUGUUGAGUCAUCACCGCUGGCAAAUAUCAAUUCUGACAAGAGGACCGAGUACCGAGGACGACUGGGAACAGGCCUGCGAAAAUUCCGUAACGGACACGCUUGCUACGCAGGCUAAUAUUUAUCUGUCACGAUUUUAUCCUCUCUAACGAUCGUUUUGUUUGCGAGACUUCUGACAGGUUCUGUUUAACAGCCAAAAAUCAGACGAUCGGUGAUGAUACAAACGGGCAAAGAAAAGGUUACCAUGUCCCUAGUUUCCAGUGCCCUUCGGUUCGCUUCAUAGAGUAAUUGCGCCUCGCACUGCCACAUGUUCCUCCAUCGCAAGAUAACAGUAAUUAACGAUAUCAUUGCUUAAAAAGAAAGCCAUUGGACCUACCUGCUAAAUUAACUAACGACUGAUAUUCGACCGACAGUUGACCGAUAUACCACCGACAGUUGACCGAUAUGUCACCGAUAUAUGACCGAUAGUCGGUCGGGGUGCGUCGUCGAAAUAUCGACCGAUACUCGGCCGAUAGUCUAUCCCACGAUCGACUGACUAUCGACCGACUGUCCACUGACUAUCGACCGACUAUCGACUGACUAUCGACCGACUAUCGACUGACUAUCGACCGACUAUCGACUGACUAUCGACCGCCGACUAUCAACCACUAUAUCGACCGAUAAAUCGAUCGACACUACCUACAGUAAACAAGAUCUUAAAGAAAGAUAAAUUUGAUGGAAAUCCAGGAAGCAGAUAUUGAGAGUAAUAUUCUUCUCACAGUACCCUGCUAGCAGUGGUUUCUCCAGGCCGGACGCUGGAGAAACCACUGCUCGCAGCGACCAUUAAGAUGAAAUGUUGUUACAGUAAUGAAAUUGUGAAAGAUUGAUCGGAAAUUUAAAAAGUGCGCGAAACUAAAGCUAUUCAGUUUUCUAGUUUUCUUCUAAGAAUGUCUUGAGUAGGUCGAGAAUUCUGGGCUAAAAUGAUAGAAGUUAAAAUACACACAAUUGAUCGAUUUUAGUGGCAACUGAAUGAAAAUACGCACAACUGAUCGAUAAUACAACAACUGAUCGAUUUUAGUCACAACUGAAUGAAAAUACGCACAACUGGUAGACUGUACAAGCCGAGUUUACGCUGAUCAAUAGUAUAGUACCCGAUAACUGUUAGAUAAUAAACUGAUUGAUUAUUAGCAAAACUGAUCGAAAUUUGAGACAGCUUACCAUGGUUGAUUACGGAUCAUAUACAUCCAUUUAAACACGACGGAUUACCGAUUGAUGAUAUGAAAACUUAUGCCGGCUGAUCGAUAUUACGUAUCUGGUAGAAAAUUAGCACAAUAUAGUAAUAUUUUAAUUGAUCGAUAACUGGUCGGUAAACCCGAUCUGCAAAAGUGAUUGAUUGGAGUUCAUAGUAAACUAUUAAAAGAUUGUUCUUAAUAAUGACGACGAAAAAGCAAUAAUGAAAGGAUCAUCAGUCCUUCUUUCCGAUUUUCAGCGCUUAUAUCCAUGAUUCAGAACAGAAAAAGAUUAAAAAUUUAUAACCAAUGAAAAAAAUAAUUUCGAAACAAACGGCGCGCCAUACCCACUUACCCCUCCCCUAAGCCAACAUUAACACUUACUUCUCACUUAGGGCAAAACGCUGGCUUAGGGGAGGGGUAGGUGGGUAGUUUCCCAAUCCGACUUUGUUUGUUUGUUUCAUGCCCUGUUCAGCCUGUAUGUGUAAAAAAAUGCACUUUAGAGCGGUUUUCACUUGACUGUCGUAAAACCAAAACCAAAGUAAAUACACUAGCCAACCAAAGGGCGUAGUAAAACCAAAACCAAACCAAUUCCUCAAUUACUUUCGACAGUCAAGUGAAAACCGCUCUAUUUGAUUGUCAAUGUUGUAUUUAAAGUACUAAUUAGGGACACUACUUGCCCGAAAGUUUGUUUACACGGUUUAAGCGCCCCUACCGACUAAGCUAAUCCUGAUUGUCCUGAUUUCUAAUCGCACCUUCUAGCUAAAGCUCUCACGUUUGUAAAUCCACUUUUCAGAUAGAGAAGGAUGGUCACCUUUUGGAGCGGAUUGAACAGAGACAAACUGAGCGACAGCAGCGACUUAGAGACUACUGUGAGAAGCACGCUUCAAGCAGAAAUCGAAGCGAUCGAUACCAUCAUCCUGUCAUUGUUAACGAUGAGUACAAAGUAAUCUUCUGCUAUAUUCCCAAGGUGGCCUGCAGUCAAUGGAAACGUGUCUUUCUUGCUCUUGAUAACUGCAUCGAUGUGGAUGAUGUGCAUGAUAACAAACAUUAUAAAUUUCUCUUAUAUGAUUAUUCGGACGAGGAUAUUAAAGUGAGGCUAAAAUCUUACUUUAAGUUUCUUUUUGUUCGCGAACCACUCGAGAGGCUUUUGUCAGCCUACAAUAACAAGUUUGUAAACAAGCAAUGGCCUUGGAAAAUGAUUGAAAGUUAUAAAACAAAAAUUUUGGAAAGAUACAAACAAGAUGAACCUGGCUCUAACAGUUCUGACCAGGAUCUUACUUUUAAGAAGUUCAUUUAUUAUGUGAGUGAUGUUGGGUUUGAUCGAGAUGCACACUGGCGAUCGUACGGCCCAAUUUGUCACCCGUGUGAUAUAGAGUACGAUUUCAUCGGUCAUUUUGAGGACAUGACAGAAGAAGCACCUUAUAUCCUACGGCAAACAGGAAUAGAUCGGGUGGUGACCUUUCCCCCGUUUCUUACCCACAAUACUAGAAGUCAACUUCUUAAAAGCUAUGCCCCGAUACCCAAGGAGAAGAUCGCUCAGCUGGGUAAGGCCUUUGAAGAAGAAGACUUUGAACUGUUUAAUUACGAUUUUCCAGGGCCUCUAUCCGAUCUCAUGCACGAUUAA